UUGCCUUUGUUUAGACACGCUUGACGGCUCUUACUUUGUUUGAUUCGAAUUUGAAAAAAAAAAAUCAGUUCUUUGGGCAUAUCCAUGCUUACUUCGAUUGCCAAUUGACAGUCGAACGACAAUCGUUUCGACGCACGAGCAACAAGCAUACACAAUGAAGAUAAACCGCAACCCAUCCAUGUGGGUUGAUAAAGUGGUACGAAGAUACCGCGCCCCAAAACAAAAAAGGACAAACGCCGAACGAAAAUAAAGUCCACCCGUCAAAAGUCAAUGUCAAUGACGCGCACAAUUUGUGUUGGAAACGCAUGCGAAAACGACAAACAUGCCUGGUGGCUAGGGGCAGGGACAAAUGUGCAAAAAGGGUAUAUAGAAACUGCAGUGCGCGGCGGUGAGUUUCGGUCAGCUGUGACGCGCCAGGUGAUUUUCUUCGCACGAGAACUCAUGCCGCCCGCUUUGACAGCUGGGGUUUUGUUGGUGUGUGCGUCCCGCGUCUAGACGCCAGUGAACCAAGCGACAGAGCCGCAGCAGAAGAAUGGGGCUUGUCUCGUGCGCAGUGUAGUUUUUGUUGUGAUGUGCGACGUGAAAACGGUUUGUUAGGUUUUUGAAUUUGCUUUGUUUUAUUUGUUAGUGAUUUUAGAUUGGAUGUGUGUUUUGAAACAUUUGGUUUAUGCAAUAAAAAACGUGAACUUGUUUGGUAUAUAUUUAAGUGCAUAGCGUAUGGUUUUAUGAAAAGAAACGAGCAAAAAUCCCACAGUCAAAAGGAGGAGGAACUGAAUGAAACAUAUCAUUGAACUACAGGAAACGGGUUUCACAGCUUCUCAUCGGGUGUCCAAGCGGAUGGUUUGCGUGAUAGGAGUAUUGCGUAAAGCGCAGCAUCAAGUAUCGUAAGAUUUAAUUUGUGCCCGGCAUCGAAUGGAAGCAACGUCGGUGGUGCGGGAUUGGAACAGAACCGUAUCCGGUAGCAACAGUUCCCAGACAAUCGUUGCAGGUGGCUCCAUGUCGUCGCCUCAUCGCAGGACACUGUAAAGCAUUACGUACACACGCGUGAAUCAGCGACGAAGCCAUGGGCGAGGAGAGUUUGGAGCGCAGCGAGGGUAAGCUGCUGCAGCCGCACGUGGCCGAUUACAGCCCGGUCCGGCAGGACCAUCAUCAACAGCAUCCUUCCCAGGUGCCUUCACAGGACGAAGCGUCACCGGACGAACAGAGCACCCGUGAUGCGGAUAACGCCCGACGAAGCACUGCAUGUGAGCUGACAAACUCCAAACCGACCGAUUCCGCACCUAAGCCAGAAGUAGAAUCAACCAAGCUUAACAAGGUGCUUCCACCGGCACUGCUGUUGGUACCACAGAACGACAACACGAAUGAACCCUCCCGUACGGAAGAGUUGCAAGAUCAUGCUCAGAAUCAGGUUGAAUCGAACGGACGGGCAGCUUUACUUCCACGUAAUGGAAGUGCCACUAUCUGUCGCAGCAUCUCUAACAGCACCAUGCAACCGAAUACUAAAGUCGGACAACCGGACCGAUUCCGACUACCGGAAGAGGGUGAUCCCGAGGACGGUACUACCGAAGAUGACUACGAGCUCGUACCGCCCGACGGUGGCUGGGGAUGGCUUGUACUUGCCGGAUCGAUGCUGGUGAACAUUCUCGUCCCGGGCACAAUCAAAAGCUUUGGUGUGCUGUUUGUAGAAUUUCUGGAAGCAUUCCAGGCAUCCCCAUCGUCCGCAGCCUGGAUACCGGCGCUUUGCUACUUUCUGUACAGUUCGCUGGGGCCGCUUUCGAGUAUCCUGUCGGUGAAGUACAGCUACCGUACGGUGACGAUCGUUGGCGGAACGUUUGCAGCGGUCGGUAUGAUCAUCACAUUCUGGGCCACCUCGGUGAACUAUCUAUACAUCAGUUACGGUGUGUUGGUGGGUACCGGCGCCGGUCUAUCCUUCCCGCCGACCGUUUACAUCGUCACCUCGUACUUUGUGAAACUGCGCGGUCUUGCGAACGGACUGUGCAUCUCAGGCAGUGCACUCGGUUCGAUCAUCCUACCACCGGUGCUGCGUUUCCUGCUCGAAAACUAUGGCUAUCGGGGUGCAUGCCUCAUUAUGGGCGGUAUAACGCUGAAUGUAUGGGUGGCGGCUAUUUUCUACGAACCGGUUGAGAAGCAUAUGAAACGUGUCCGUAAGGCUCAACCGGAGGUGGAUGACGAAGAACGGACGGCAGUAGUCAUUCAGCAACGGGACGUUAUCUUGGAGGAAUGUGAAUCCAACGAAACCGAUCCACUGGCUGACGAACUGGCGAAUGGACAGAUGGCAAUAAACGUGAAUGCUUCCCAGUCACUACUGCCGCAAGGAAAGCCGACGAGCGUAAAACCAAAGUUCGCUAUAACCGGCGAUGACACUCCGACCAUUUCGACGCCCACGCUAGAACACAAAUCGCCGGAUAUAUUCCGCUUCAAUCCAAAGAAUGGACUGAUCGACAGUUUUGCUCGCAGCGCAUCGGCUGCAGCCGUACCAGUUUCGUACGGCAGAGAUCGCGAUGACAUGCUCGGAGCGGGGGUUAGUGGUGGUAAUCAACGACAGCGGAAAAUAAGCACCCCUAUCAAGGAGGAGCACCGAAACCUAACCUUCACCAGUCAGCUGAGUUCGAACUCGUUCCUUGGCAACGAGGGUUCGUACUUCCGCCUGAACCGGCUAAAUUCGAUACGUAGUGGGAUCGGUCAGCAGGGAAGUGGUGGACAACAGUUGUCGCAUCGACCACCGAAGCGAUCACCGUCGACCAGCAGCUUCCAGUACAUGAGCACCCCGUUCCACGGCAGCACCCUCUCCACACAUCAGCCGAAAGAGUUCGCUUCGCAUCUGUCACUGCGCUCGUUCGGUGGUAGUGUAUCGCGGGGCAAAGCGUCUGCCCCGGCAGAUGACGAGGCCGAUCGAACCAAAUCGGAUAAGAAAGAUGGCAAGACGUUCUUCGAUCUGUCGUUGCUUAGCGAUCCGACCUACCUCGUGAUUCUGAUCUCGAACUCAACGAACGCGAUCGGUUACACUAACUUUAUCAUUCUUCUGCCGGCGUACGCCAUUUCGCUUGGGUUUGACAAAAGUUUGGCCGCGUACCUACUAUCGAUCGUGUCGACGCUGGAUCUGGUCGGUCGUAUCGGUGGUUCGGCCCUGUCCGAUACCAAUCUCAUCCCCAAGACGUGGUACUUCGUGGGCGGUUUGUCGAUAUCGGGCUUAGCGCUUGCAUUGUUACCAACUGUCAGCGACUACACGAUGGUGAGCGUAUUUUGCGGCCUGUUUGGACUCGCUUCCGGUACGUACGUCGGCAUCACGGCCGUCAUUAUGGCGGAUAUGUUGGGUACCGAGCGGCUUACCUCAUCGUACGGCAUUAGUCUGUUCGUAAAUGGUAUCCUACAGCUGAUUGGACCGCCGAUCUGUGGAGUGAUCUUCGAACGGAUGGGUCGAUACCAGCCGCUGUUUACGGCGCUAGGGUUUGUGCUGCUCGGAGGAUCGGCCCUAUGGGGCUUUAUGCCUUUGAUCAAUCGUCAGAAGCGCAGAAAAGCACAGGCAGAGGCUAAAGCGACAGCAGAAGCAUCGAAGGUAUUAGCUAAUCAUGCAACGCAACCGUUUGAAGGGGACGAUGAUGAUGUGCCGUUGCAAUUGAAGCGCGAUGGAGUGGACAAGUCGCCUGUCGUUUAGAUGGAACGGGGACCCAAAAGUUAUGCAGCAUUUUCGCACUUAAUGACAAUUUCGCUCAAUGCGCCAGCCAACAAGUAGUAUCGAGGGAAGGAAAACUCCACUCUGUGAGGGAAACAUGUUUAGAGGACACAGAGAUAGGGUACGCAAAUGCAGUAGAUGACAAAAGGUUAGGUAGUGUUAGAAGCAGCAGAACCAAGUAAAGUGACCAUAUACUACUAGAUAGGAAUACGACCAGCGUAGGAAACAGCAGCAGCAGCAGCAGCAGAAGGGGAAACGCAUAGAAAUACAUUAGCAUAAGUGAACAGUGGCCAUCAAGCUCAAAGUGGGGGAAAGUCUAAGCGAUCCAGCGCACACAACACAAAGGAAUACAGCGCUCGGACAGGGAUCAAAAUAGGAUCCAUUAGUAUUAAUUAUUCGUAUGGCGUUUCCCGGGAGGUUCGUAGGUGAUGUUCUCAUCCGACUGUUUGUAUUGGAAGUGUUCCUUUUUUUGAAACAAUCGAUAUGUCUCUCAUCCUUUCAUCAACACGUUUUCACACGUGCCUCACGAACGUUAGUACUCUGCUCCAAAAUCAAUUGUUAUACUGUACUGAACCAGGACAAACACGAUCCGUGGACGUGUGAUCUGUUUGAAUGUGUGAGUGUAACUGCAAUGAAUGUGUCAGUUUUAGCUUUUAUUCCUUGUGUCCGUUGAAAUACUAAAAGAAAGCAACAAUAACAAAACAUUUCCUGCUCUUGAGGAGUGUGUGCGAUAACAGGAUAAUAGAUGAUGUGACAGUGACCGGGGAGCGACAUAUGCAAUGAAAGUAUUGUGAAAAAGAGUUUACAACUCUACGCGUUUGACCAAGAGCCUAUUAGUUGUAUGUAGAUUGUGUGUUGUUUGUUUUUCCUUCCCUUCCCCGCCAUUAUUUCGCUCUGUAGGUGUGUUUGCGUAUUUGUAUGUGGUAUGAAUGGAUGAGUGCGGUUCACAAUCAGAAUCACCGACAGGAGAAAGGAUACCAAAAUAAAUAAAAGGGACGGAACGAAUAAUGGUAAAGUGAAAGAGAAGGAUAGAUAUUUUAGUACGUUAAGGAAAGCGACGAGUACAUAGAAAUAUAUACCAUUCAAUAGACAGUUUACUUUUUGUUUGCCACUAAAAACGGAACUAAAACAGGAUGUAGAUAAUACUACCGAUAAAAUAUAAAACAAAUCAUAAUCGA